AUGAAGCACAAAUAUCUAUCGUUUGACGGCUUUGUGGAUAUCUCUAUGGCUUCUUCGGUAAUUCGAAUCAAAGGGAAUUCCAUCAAAUAUUGUUUCUCCAUCACUCCAAUUAUCUAUCUAUCUAUCUAUCUAUCUAUCUAUCUAUCUAUCUCAGCAUGCUCAUAUAUCUCUGUCUCUCUCUGCCUCUCUCUCUCUCUCUCUCUCAUGCUCGUAAUCUAUCUAUCUAUCUAUCUAUCUAUCUAUCUAUCUCAGCAUGCUCAUAUAUCUCUGUCUCUCUCUGCCUCUCUCUCUCUCUCUAUAUAUAUAUAUAUAUAUGUGUAUGUAUACAUCUAUGUCUAUCUAUCUAUCUAUCUAUCUAUCUAUCUAUCUCAUGCUCAUCUGUUCAUAUCUAUCUAUCUAUCUAUCUAUCUAUCUAUGCAUGCUGAUUAUCUAUCUAUCUAUCUAUCUAUCUAUCUAUCUAUCUAUCCUGCUAGCUAG